AUGGAUCGCAAAGCAUCUGGCAGUCGUGAUGCGGCACCGGCUAAGACCAGCCGAGCACAGUCGAUUGCAUCGCGCACGCUCGCCAGCGCAGGACCUGUCAAUCUCAAUGGCACGAGAACAUCGGCGCAAAGCAGCACAAUUCCUACCGCCUCGUCCUCUAGAGCUCGCCCUGGCUCGACCGUGAUCAGGCCAGAAGCUACACGACCACGUCCUGCUGUCAGUACGAGCGCCUCGUCGUCGAAAAUUCGUCCCGUACCCGUCGCAAACACAGCGGAAGCAUCACGUUCACGCCCUGGCGUCGCUACAGGCACUCAGCCUGCUGGCCCGUCGACCGUCUCGACGCGCAUGCAAGUCGUCGUACGAUGUCGAGGUGGAUCGGCUGCUUCAUCCGCCAGCGUCUUUGCCCGCCCAGAUACCCAGGACAGCGCACGAGCGACAACUUUCCGCAUGAGUCCCGUCAAGGGCACUGACAUCAUGGUAGACGUGCAGACGAUAUCCUCCCUCCCGCCACCCUCGCCAGUCAAGAACUCAUCAGCUGUGUUAGCUGGCAUCAGCCCGGCUGGAACGAGCACGAUAGCGAGCAAACGAGAGACCCGGUAUGAAUACGACCACGUCUUUGGACCGGAUGCCGAUCAGGGAUUGCUUCACACGCAUGUCACCAUGCCUAUACUUGAUCAAGUCAUUCAAGGCUUCAGUUGCACCAUUCUUGCGUACGGUCCCACCGGUACUGGCAAAACGCACACGAUGAUCGGUGACACAACACCGGUUGUCGGCACCUUUGCAGCCGAUGCCGGCAUCAUCCCUCGCAGCCUGACACGUCUCUUCCAUCUGCUCGAGCUACAAGGUACCGACUACUCCGUCUCCGUUAGCUUUCUCGAAGUCUACAAUGAGCAGAUCCGCGAUUUGAGUGCUCCGCAGCAAGAAGGCGACGAACCUGUUGCGCUCGACAUCUACAAUGACCCUGGUCGACCGGGCGCAGUGACUGUCAAGGACAUGAGGGAGACAACGAUCACGUCAGCCGACAACGGUCUAGCCAUUCUUCGCGCUGGUACCUUGCGACGACAGACAGCAAGUACCAAUUGCAAUGACCGCUCCUCGCGAGGUCAUGCCAUCUUCACCGUCAAAGUCACCGUCAAGACUAACGAGACUGACGUCAAAGGCGAAGAAGUCGUACGUAUUGGCAAGCUUAACCUCGUCGAUCUAGCAGGCAGCGAGAGCAUCGCCAAAUCGGGCGCUAUCGAAGCCCGCGCAAGGGAAGCCGGUCUCAUCAAUCAAAGCUUGCUGUCACUGGGCCGCGUCAUCAAUAGCUUGGUCGAGAAGAGCACUACAUCGGCUUCCUAUCGAGAGUCGAAGCUGACCCGUCUGCUCGAAGAGUCUCUCACCGGUCGAACCCGUACUUGUCUGAUCGCAACGAUCAGCACGGUCAAAGACAGCGCAGACGAGACGCUCAAAACACUCAACUAUGCUCGUCGUGCAAAGUCUAUCGAGAUCAAUCCCCAACGAAACAGUACGACUACAAAGAGUGCACUGAUCAGUCAAUACAGUAUCGAGAUCGAGCGUCUCAAGCGAGAUCUGAUUGCUUCUCGAACGCAGCAAGGCGUCUACUUCAGUGAUGAGAGCUGGCUCGAAUGGUCAUCGGCGCUAGAAGAACGCAAACGACUGAUUGCUGACAUGACACGCAAGAAUGAGCUUUACCAGUCACAGCUUCUUACAAAGGACGAGCAGCUCGAGCAGACUGGCCGCUUACUAUCGUCCCGAGACCGAGAGCUGGAACGCUUGCAGACGCUGCUAGAUCAAGCCAAUGAUUGCAAUGCCUCUCUCGAGUUGCAGCUCAUGCGAUCCCAGACGGCCGAAGACGUUGCCCGCCAGCUCAGCGAUCAAGAAGCAGCCAAGCGCCUCGAAUAUCAGCAGAUUGCGCUAGAGGCAAAGGCAACAGCCGAUGGUCUGAUCGACAAGAUUGCUCGCUUGCAGGCACACGAGCAAACCACGCGAGCAACAGUCACUGCUGCACGCUCAGCUCUGCUUGACAGUCAAGAUGCACUCCAGUCGGGCAUUGGCACUGCAGUGGACUCGAGUAAGACUGCGCUGGACAACAUGAAGCAAGCAAUUGCUACAGUGUCUCGUGAUAACGCUGAGCGACUCGCUACUCUGUCUGGUGCACACGCCCAGAUAGUCACUGCUGCGGACGUCGCAAACAAGCACAUGAGCACGGUCGCGGCUAACAGCGAUGCCAUGAUCGCCGAUCUGAAAGACGGCAUCGACGGAAUGCUCAAGUCGUCCUGCGCCUCUUGGUCGCGUUCACUUCGAUGCCUUACCGAUCAGAUCGAUUAUGCGCUGCACCUGGCCGUCAGCUCAGCUAAGCAGCAGCAGAAGACCGCAAUUGCGUUUCUCGAUGAGGCAUGCCGGCUCUCAAAUGAUAUUCAAAGUACUGUGGACACGAAGACAGACGAGCUAACGAAGCAAAUGAGUGACCUCGUCGGACAGCUCGACCGUCUCGUAGAAGCGGACACUACCUCGCAGCAAGCAGACUACGCUCGGAUCGAAGCUCUCGCCGCGACAGAUCAGCAAACUGACGAAACGCGCAUCAAGGCCAUCACAGAAAGCGUCUCCGUCUUUCUACAGGAGCAGCUGGCCAAAUUGGCGGACACUCGUCAGAAGGAGCUGCAAGCAAAGAUUGCGACCGUCAAGGCGUCAUCCGAGAAGGAUCUGCUCGAGCGGCAAGGCUAUUGUCACGCCAUCUCCAAUGAUCUCGACUCCAUCGGACACGGUCUCCGUGACCUUCGUCAGACAACCAAGAUGUCUAAUGCGAGCGGCGUCGAGCUGCAUGCCGAAGCGAAAGCCCGUCUGCCCUCCGAGCUCAGUGCAAUGGCCACAGGUUCGAUCUCAGCGCAGGCAGAGGCUCAGAAGACCUUGAGCACCCUUGGAAACCACCUCGACGCGCACACUGCCGAAGCUAAUGCCCUUGCUCUGCGUGUCGUUGGUCAAGCACAAUGCAAUGGCGAGCGGGCCGAAGCGUCACGUACCGCAAUUGACACGAUCACUAACCUUGCCGAAAGCGCAUCUCGAGGGGAUGCUUCGGCUGGCGAUUCACUCGUUCGUCACUUGCAUUCUGCCACGGACGGGGCUUCAAAGACAGUCCUUCUCGACCUCGCUGAGACCAUGAGCUCAGUCAAAGCCAACAGUCGCGCGCUGACCGCGCAAACCAAGAAAUUAGACGCCCUUCUACCAGCCCUGCCAACCGGCAAAACGCCUGCAAAGCGUCGCUGGCAAGCACUCGAAGAGGUAGGCCUUGAAAUCGGCGGGACGGUCCCACGGAUCGCUCUUGCUGAAGUCUCAACGAAUCAUGGCGGCCGGCAAAGCAUUAUCUUCGACCGUCCGACAAAGCUAGAUCGCCGAGGCGACACGCACGAACCGACAAAGAUGGCUAAGCUGUCUUGA